AACAGCAGCGGGUUGGGCAGUUCAUGCAGCACGCCGCAGCGCAACCGCAGCAUUUGGAGUCGCAGUCAAACGCGACCCAUUUGCGAUGAUUUUGCCGAGCAGCCGCUGCCGCAGCUAACCGAACUGGAGGCGGAGCACGAACUGGAGCGCUCCUGUGGCUAUCAUACAUGCAGCAGCGACUCCUCCACGCCCAGCCAGCAGCUACAGCAGCAGCAUCAGCUUUAUCGCACCCAGGACAUGGAGCUGGCCAACCAAAGCCAGCAAAGCAGCGGCAGCUGCAGCAGCUCCGGCGAGCUGUCACGCGGCGUGGGCAACCUGGAGUGGGAGAUGUACAUGAUGCAGCAUGCCCAGCGCAUUAUGCCAAAGACAUCGUCGCCCAUUUGCCAGCGUCGCGAUGCCACAUUUGAGCUGAACUCACGUUCGUAUCACAAGUGGUGCAAUUAUUUGCAGAGCACGCCCGCCCACAUGCUGCACAAUGUGAGCCACAUACCGGAGGCGAUUGCGGGCCACUUUUGUCCCCUUGACUUUCCCGCCUUCAGCGAUCUGGAGGAGAUGGAGAGUGCGGCCAAGCGUUUCAAGAUCGAUACGAAUGCGUCCGUCUAUGCGGACAACUAUCCGCUCCAGCAGCAUCUGACGCAUACCAUUAGCACAGAUCUGUGA